AUGCAAUUGUUGGCUCUAGCAGUCGCUCUCUUGGCUAUGACUGUCUCGGCUAAAACGCCUGGUCAAGCGUCCAAUUUCAACCUGUCUACCGCCGUGUAUGAAAAGCACGGUUGCGGAACCGCCUGUCAAGCCAAUCUGAUGAAGGCUAGCGCCGAAGACCUGAAGGUUUUCGACACCCCAUUCGACUUUGACUUCUACGAUACGGCCAGCAACUUCUCAUCCUCCGCCCCUGGAAGCCUUCUGAAGCUCAAGCCUCUGAACGGGACGGCUCUCGACAUUCCCGGGGGCGUUUCAGUCUACAAGAUCCAAUACACCUCCCAAGACAUCGACGGAAGCCCAGUCCCAGCCACAGGGUUCAUUGCGAUGCCCUUCGUUCGCCGCCAGAGGGACCCUUUCAAGCUGGUCGCUGCCGCCCGCAAGGCCUUCCCGCACGAUCUGACCCAUAAAUGGGUGUCCAUGGGCCACUCCCAGGGCGGUGGCGCCGUCUACAAGUUGUCCGAGCACAAGUUAGUUCAGGAUGAUUCUAGCGGUUACCUGGGCGGUGUUUCGCUGGCCCCAGUUGUCAAGCUCUACGAUUCUAUGAUUUAUAAUACUCUUUCUUUCGGGGAUGCCUCCUCCGAGGAAAUGGAAGAUUACAAAGUUUUCGGCGUUCUCGGCUCGAUCGCGUUCGGUCUUCAGGCUCUCUUUCCCAACUACACCGCGCCGUUCAUAGCUCCGCCUAUGCGCCAGAGACUCGAGCUAGCCCAGAUGGCUCAGUACUGUGAUGUGGCGCUCUCUGAGACUGUGACUGGUUUAUCCUUUGAUGAUCUCAUCGGAAAUAUCACCGCGACCGACGUUGCGGCUCUCCAGAAGUUCCAGAAAAUCAACAGCCCUGCACAGGGAGACAAGGCGUCGAAGCCACUGCUGCUGAUCCAGCGUGAGAAGGAUACCAUUGUGUUCAAGUCAUUGAUUGAUGAUGCGUACAAGGACAGUUGCGAUGCUGGGAACCGCGUUCGCCUUAGUGUCUAUCCCGGACUGGAUCAUUCUGCGGCUGUCGGAGCGUCUGCUCCGGAAUGGCUGUCAUUUAUCGGGGGACUAUUUUCUUCGACGAUCAAUAUGACUCAUUGUGUGAACUCGACGAUUACGCCAUUCGAUCAGGAGCAUGCGGCAUCUCCUCCUGAUGAUGUUUAG